AUGGAAACGUUGGAAAAGAGGGCCGAUUUCGUGAUUGCGGAUCACCUCAGGAAAGACUGUCCUCCUGGUGCACUCUCCUAUCAGUUCAUCGAGGAUUCCAUCAAACAUGGCGCUAUCCAGGAAGAAGACAAGUACGAAAUCAAUCAGUCGCCCAUGACCAAUCGCGUUACCGGAUUGUCCAAGCCUGCGAAGGCGACGCGGACUCCCUAUACGAACGCCGAUGAUGCCGUUCUUGCCCAGUGGGUGCUUUCGCGUACCAAUAUUAGCGGAAAUGCCAUUUAUCAGCAACUCGAGCAAAUCAAUAACCGUCAUACGUGGCAGUCGUGGAGAGACCGUUGGUCGCACCUGGCGCAAAGAAGAGAAUUCUCCGAAAAAGAUGACAAGGUGCUGGUCCGCGAGGUCUUGGAGCUGGAGGAGAGCGGUAGGAGACUGAACAUCAAAUUCUUCCAAGAACUGGCAAAACAGCACCCGGGUCACUCCUGGCAAGAUUGGAAAACUCACUGGUCAGAGGUUGGGCCGCAGCUUAGAAGUGGGCAUGCCCAUAGCAAAUCCCCUCCUCCACGUCCAUCUGUCGAGAACAGCUCUAUUCAGCGUAGCCCCAAUCACGCUGCUGCAUCUCGCCCGAAUGGGACAGGCACGGGAGCAGCUGGCGCCUUUGUCGAUAGAGCGGAGGAGAUCCACGAGCCAUCGACUGCAGUAACAGAAAAAGUAUCCGCCGAACGCCAGAAUAUGACGGCCCAUGAAGAAGAUGUUCAGGGUGGUCAUAGCGACGAGAGUGACGACGCAGACGACGACGACGGAGAGUCUCAAGAGGUUACGAGGGCGGAUUUUUACGACAGACUCAAUUACUACAAGACGGUUGUCGAACCGGAUCUCAAUACUGAGCCUUCAAUCUCCGACCGACCUGUUGAUCUGUGGCUCCUCCGAAGGACUGUUCAAAACGGCUUUGAUCGGGGAGGCAUUGAAACUGACUGGGACGAGGUGGCGGUCGAACUGGGCCUUUCCCCUAAAGAAUCCGGGGCGCUCCAGGAAUGCUUCAACACGUAUGUUGGAUUCUUCUCCACGUUGAGCCCCGACGACGAUAACGACGAUUCCGGGUCAUCGGAUGAGGCAGGGUCUGAAGUACAAGGACAGCCGGGAGACGAACGUCUACUAGAGGCAGACGAGGAAGUCGAUGUGAGAUCAGACGACGAGGUCCACAUUUCUCUUCCAAGCGACAGACCUUCAACUUCCAGGAAAAGACCGGCCGUCGAGACGUCAUUUUCGACACCAAAUAAGCGGAAAAAACGCUCCCGCCAUGAUGAAAUACCUUCGACACCCGAGGAGAGGCUCGGCAUCGCCAGCUUCGGUGGGCUUGGCGUCAGCCCGUCGCUCAGUACGAAGAAGACACUUAAAACCCAUGUGGCCGCGGAAAGAUCCAAGCCUCAGGCUCGGAAAGUCAGUGGAAGUUCCCGUCAGGAGCCGGAAACACAAGACUUUGGUUUUGACAACGAAGUCGCCGGGAACGCAGGACAGGCAGCGUCUCAAGAAAAUGACGAGUUCGACAUCUCCCCAUCUCAGCAACUAUUCAACGAUGUUGCGGCAAGCGAUCCCAUCCCCUUCUCCCCCCAAACGAGAGUAGCCCCGACACACACACCACCACCUGUAGACGGAGAUGACAAUGUGUAUGAUCCUUACCAGGAGGAGGUUGACAACAAUGAACAAGCCGAGUCACAAGGGAAGGAAAAAAUUGCCGAAAUUAACGAAUUCAUCCAAACCUACCGGGACUUCGGCUACCCUCGCGAGAACAUCAUCAAGGCCCUCAUGUCGACGUCCAUUUGCAUGCCGUUAGCCAGCGCCGUUCUGAAGCACAUGCGCACGAGGAAGGAAGACUCGCCACCCAAAGACUGGGAGGGCGUCUGGACAGAUUCGGAUGAUAAGCGGCUGCAGCGCGUGGACCGCAAACCGGUGGACGCUGCUGACAAGGCCAAGCAGAAGAGGUACUGGGACUUCCUCGUACGGAAGCACACAUCACGUCGCAUCGAGGAGAGGAGGGAUUUUCUUAGCUACAUGAGCGAAGCCAACGGGGGUCUGAGGAAUCUUGGAAUGUGA